GGCGGAUCCGGAAGGUGUGACAGUGGCUGAAGAACAAUUGAAAGCUUGAGGAAUAUAAUUGCUCCCAAUAGCCUUUGUAAGUUACCAAACACUGACUUUGACGUCGUUCUUGACAAAAUCCUAAUUGGAGAAAAGUAGGUACUGGACACGUGCACGCAUGCAUGACUGCAUCAACUGGUUAAUAAAUGAAUGAAUGAUUCGCUAAGGUCUGUUUCUCUCAACAAGUUGUCUCUAAAGCGUCUUGCAGUCACUCAUGUAGUUAACUGUGCUCAUGGGGAGUCACGUUAUCACGUGACCAGUGGACCUCAGUUCUAUGGAGAUGAGUUUGGAUACUACGGAAUCGAGGGCACGGAUGUGCCUUCGUUUGAUAUGACUCCUCAUUUUCGACCUGCAGCCAAGUUUAUAAGAGAUGCAAUCCAGGGUGGUGGAACAGUGCUGGUAAAUUGUGUCGAGGGUGUCAGUCGUUCAGCUACGAUUGUGAUUGCCUACUGCAUGCUAGAGAAACGGAUGAGCUUACUAGAAGCCAUUACAGUCAUUAGGAAAGGCAGAAACAUAUGUCCUAACGACGGUUUUCUGAAGCAGCUAGUCAGAUUUGAGAGACAGCUACAGAAAAAUGGUCAAUAGACUUUCCAAAUGCUACUGCUUCUACAGAUUUUUGAAUACUGCACAGUCAUACUUUUUUGAGACUACAUACAAUAAAUCUGCGCUGUGUCACGGGUA